AAUCUGAAGCUGCUGCUUUCUCAGCACUUCUCUCACACGAACAUCGUCACUCCCUCUCUCCCUCUCUCUCUCUCUGAUCUUCCGAGUGAAGAAAGAUGGCUAGCUUGAAAUCUCAGAAAAAGGUUCUGAUAAUCUGUGGCGAUUACAUGGAAGAUUGCGAGGCAAUGGUACCCUUUCAGGCAUUGCAAGCUUAUGGUGUCUCAGUCGAUGCCGCCUGCCCUGGAAAGAAAGCUGGUGAUAUAUGCCGGACCGCUGUUCAUCAGAGUUCUGGUCAUCAGACCUAUUCUGAGUCUAGAGGUCAUAAUUUCACACUUAAUGUAACAUUUGAUGAGAUUGACGCAACCAAAUAUGAUGGGCUGGUUCUACCAGGAGGACGGGCUCCAGAAUAUCUUGCAAUGGAUGAAUCUGUUCUAAUUUUAGUGAGCAAAUUUUCUGACUCUGGAAAACCAAUUGCUUCCAUUUGCCAUGGGCAACUGAUCUUGGCAGCGGCAGGAUUAGUGAAAGACCGGAAGUGCACAGCGUACCCUCCUGUGAAGCCAAUACUAAUAGCUGCUGGUUCUCGUUGGGUAGAACCAGAGACCAUGAUGGCAUGUGUAGUAGAUGGUAAUCUUAUAACUGCGGCAACGUAUGAAGGGCAUCCUGAGUUUAUCAGACUUUUCGUGAAGGCACUUGGAGGCACCAUUACUGGCUCAAAUAAACGGAUUCUGUUCAUUUGUGGGGAUUAUAUGGAGGAUUAUGAAGUAAUGGUUCCAUUUCAGUCUCUUCAAGCCCUUGGAUGCCAUGUAGAUGCAGUAUGCCCGAAAAAAGGGGCAGGUGACAAGUGUCCAACGGCUAUCCAUGAUUUUGAAGGUGAUCAGACUUAUAGUGAGAAGCCAGGCCAUGAUUUCACCCUGACUGCUAGCUUUGAAGGCUUGGAUGCGACGAGCUAUGAUGCCCUCGUGAUCCCUGGAGGCCGAGCGCCUGAAUACCUUGCACUGGAUGAGAAAGUACUUGCUUUGGUGAAAUACUUCGUGGAGGCGGGGAAGCCAGUGGCAUCCAUAUGCCAUGGACAGCAGAUUUUGUCUGCUGCUGGUGUUCUCAAGGGGAAGAAAUGCACUGCUUACCCUGCUGUGAAGCUCAAUGUAGUCUUGGGAGGAGGAACAUGGUUAGAGCCAAAUCCAAUAGACCGUUGCUUCACUGAUGGAAAUUUAGUGACAGGAGCUGCAUGGCCUGGGCAUCCUGAGUUCAUCUCUCAGUUCAUGGUAUUGCUUGGCGUAACUGUAUCUUUCUAGUAGUAUCAUAAAGAGUCUAAUUUGUAGUCAUGUACCGUGACAACUUUAAGACAUGUCUCUGUAAAAUUUUCAUCGGUCUUUGAGAGGAUAAACUGUUAAUGUCACGGUGUUGUCCUGAACUAUGUUUUUUGAGUGUUGCUAUUUUGGUUGGGGCAUCAAAGCUAUGUAGGACCACAUUUGUAGCUUUAUAGUUCAUGUAUUCCAAUUUCUGUGUAUCAUCUCAUUUUGA